UGACCUGUGACCCGGAAGUACAGGCGUCCGCUCGACGCGAACCCUCUUCCGUAAAAUAUGAAAACAUUGAGAGUCACAGGAACUCGGUGAAGGAAUAAAUGCACACCUCAAGAGAAGGCGAGCAUGUUCCCUAAUUCUCCCAAUCUGGGUCGUCAACCCUACUCUCCUGUUUUUUUCCCCCAUCAACAGUUCAUUAACAGUCACAACUUUAGGAAUGUAACCUUUCCUGGUACCAUUCUGACAGGAGAGGUUUCUCCAGGACCAUCACAGGUUUGGCCUUUCUAUAAUGCCUAUCCUGUAUUUACACAAAAUCUGCCCAACAGCCAUGGCAGGAAAAGAAGGAGUGAUGAGCGAAGUGGUCCUUAUGACGUCAAGCGCCAGAGGUUUCAGUCACCACAAUCUCAGCCACCUAGCAGUGCAGUGCCUUUUCGAGCCGAUCGCAGACAUUCAGUCCCUUCACCUGGAAUUUCGUCUUUGCUUCCACUCAUAGAUUACCCACAAAACGAUCUCCAAGUUGCCAGGGACAAGCUGAGUCAACAGAUUUUGGAACUCUUCCAUGACUGUCAACAACAGUCAAUUGAUCUGGAUAAAAAGGAUCUAUGUCGCGCAGAACUUCAGCGGGAAAUUCAACGAAUCUUUCCACAGACAAAGUUGUAUUUGGUUGGUUCUUCGCUGAAUGGAUUUGGUACUCGCAGUAGUGAUGCAGAUCUCUGCCUCGUGCUAAUAGACAAACAGAUAAAUCAAAAGUCCGAAGCACUUCACAUACUCACUUUAAUCCAACAACUUUUUUACAGACUAUCUUACAUUGAGAGACCUCAACUGAUCCGAGCAAAAGUGCCAAUAGUAAAAUUCAGGGAUAAAGUUAGUGGUGUGGAAUGUGACUUGAAUGUAAACAAUGUUGUAGGAAUAAGAAACACAUUUCUACUGAGGACCUAUGCAUAUAUUGAGAGUCGUGUUCGUCCCCUGGUGCUGGUUGUGAAAAAGUGGGCAUGUCAUCAUGGGAUAAAUGAUGCUAGUCGUGGUACAUUGAGUAGUUACUCCCUGGUACUGAUGGUAUUGCACUAUCUACAAACUCUACCUGAACCUGUCAUUCCAUCUCUCCAGAAAGAGCACCCAGAGUGUUUCGACCCCACUAUGCAGUUGCAUCUUGUGCACCAAGGAGGAAGCAAAAUCAGUCCUUAUCUUUCACUAAAUAGUUCAAACUUGGGAGACCUCCUCGUGGGCUUUCUACAAUACUAUGCUACAGAAUUUAACUGGAACAAUUCAGUAAUUUCUGUCCGUGAAGCCAAAGUGAUGUCCAAAAACAAUGAAAUGGAAUGGAAAAACAAAUACAUCUGUGUUGAAGAACCUUACGACCGAACAAAUACAGCGCGAGCUGUGCAUGAAAAUAUCAAAUUUGACAUGAUCAGAAAGGAGUUUAUUCAGUCCUGGCACAAACUUAAAAAUAACAAAGACUUGUUCAGCAUUCUCCCAGCAAGAGCUGCAGUAGAGGGUAGGGGAAGAUGACAGACUGGCUGUGCUGUAGGUAUUGUGUUGGUGAAGAAAAUGGAAGUGGGAACAAAAUGCCAACACUUCUAUCUAUGGAAGACUUUCUGCUCUCAGUGAUAAUUCAUCUGAAAGAUGCCUGAUUAAUUAUGGGAUUUCUUUUGUCUUUUAUGUGGCAAGAAAAAUCUACGGAUCUAUCUUUUUUCCUCCCCUUUUGUUUCCUCCAUUUGUCUCGACAAGCUGGCCAUGAAAUCCUCAUUAUAGGAACUGAAGAAUAGAAUCCUAGAAUUAAGGACAAAUGAUUAUUAAAACAAGCUCUCUUGAAAGAUCAUUAGAGGUCAAAAGUUUACCUAAUGGUGAUGUUAAUAGAUAUGCUGCAAAGGCAAUCUGUACAACCUGAUAAGGGAUACGUAGUGAUCAAUGGACUGUUUGGAAAUGUACAUUUCAUUUGCAUCAAAGUGGAAGGGUGACAGGGCUAUUAUUCUCUGUUAUAACUGUUAAAAUUUAAUUUGGCUCAUGUUCACAAUAGAUAUUCUCCUUCACAGUAACUAUAAUUUGCACCUACAUUGGGCAGUUUGAAAACAUAUUUGGUCAUUUGUUUCCUCUUAAAAGCGACCAUGGUUCGCAGUCCCACAUAACUUAUCUAAGUAACUCUGCAUGCAUCUUAAUCUUUGCUUCUGUAAUGUCAAUGAAAAUUUUUCAGACAUGGUGGUAUCACAUAGAUCAUUCUUUCUUUAUUUUUAUAUGAUAAAAUAAUUGCAACCAAAAUGCAUCAUCUCAUAGGAUGCCAGGCAGAAUUUAGGUGAAAGAUGAGCUGUUUUUUUUCAGUUUAUUUUUUUAAACCAACCUAGGGAGGCCAACUUCCAAAAAUGCUUUUUUAAAAUAAAGAAAUGGUGGGUAAUUAACUUGUUUCUCUUAUUUCAUGUUUUUUGUCUGUUGUAAAAAAUUAUGGAUUUUGUUUUUUGCUACGUUCUAGAAUGUCACGUUCGUUUUUCUUUUGAAAUUCCCUUUUGUCUUUUAUUUUGUAUAUUGUCUAAAUUUAAAUAAAGUUUGCAUAUGGAAAAAAACCUGAUUGAAACAAGCCUUUACAGUGCAAUAUUAUACCCCUUUUAUAUGGCUUUCAAUUAUUUAAUUCCCAUUGCACUUUUGUGAAUUAAGACCUGCUGCAAGUUACAGUGGGUUUAGGUACAGCAACCUAACUCGUCUAAUUCGGAGCAGGGGGUGGUCAUUUGAAAGCUGGUGCUUUGCAUUCACAGAGGCUAGAUGUCAUGAGCAAACUUGCGUCAUGAUGUUAUGAAUAGAAAAAAUUGUCCAGCCUACAGCAGUACAUUGCAGGGAAAGUAAUUUGAUUCAACAGGUCUGGGCUGCUUACACGGUCACAGAUGAAAUUACUUUGAGUAGAUUCAAAGCCACGCAACAGGGGUUGAGACUCUGCUAAGAAACAAUCACGUGAGAUAACUUUGUAGUGUUUUACAUGGCCUCUUGAUUUGAAAAACUUGUCAAUGCAAAAGUGAAUUAAUAGCUGGCAUAUAAACAGUGCUAAAGUUUUUACCCCAUUUCAGGAUCGUGUUCUUUCAGGUUUUAACCUUUAAAAACGAUUUGUGAUUAAAUUAUUUUUGUUUUUUACAGAAGAAUCUGAGUAAAUUGAGAAGCUGAAUCCUCUACGUAAUUGAGCCAACACAAGAACCAUAGCAAUCGCAAGGUUACAAUUUUUACAUCUUUACAUGCUUGUGCGCUCCAGCAAAAAAGUUUAGUUAAAUGAUUGCUGGAAAACAAGAACCGUAUAGUCCUUUCAGUAACUUAUGACAAGAACACUGAUGUUUAAAGGUAAUGAAAGAAGCAUGUAAAGAUAUUUUUUAAUCAAUUCACUGAUCAGUUCACUAAUCUCUUGAUUUGAUAAAAUUAUUUAAAUAAAUGCAAAAUUUAAAUAUUGGAUAACUCUUUGAAUUUGUAGGGGUUUUCAAACCUAAUUUAUUCUAUAAAAUCUUGCCUACACAAAAGUUUCUCACCUUCAUAUGAUAUAGAAAUGGAUUGCUUGCUUAGCAAAGUACAUAUACAAAAUUAAUUGGCUUGAAUUUCUGUGAAGGUCAUUAAUGGUGAGAAAUUAAUUUGUUUAUUGCAGGAGCCAUUUCUUAUUAAUUUACUUGUCUGGUCCAAGUGAUUUCAAUAAAGUGGCAUGAACUGUACUGUAAAUAAAGAAAUAUUUGUGCUA